UAUUGCUUCAUUUUUUCCAUACCCUUAAUUUAGCCAAUAAUGGGUAUUAGAGCUACACCAAUAUUGGUCGAGCCAUUUUACAUCCUCGUCUCCAAUCUCCUCACCCUCCUCCUCCCUCUUUCGUUCCUCCUCCUAUCGAGGGUCGCAACCCAAAACUAUUUCUAUACAUUGGGUGGCGAACAAUUGAUUCGUAGGCGUCGUUCAUCUGAUCUUAUCUUCUCCGAGCACGUGUUUCACACCACACGCCCAAUUAUUAAUCUCGUUAUACAUUUAGUUGUUUCAAUCCUCAGCAUUGCAUCUCUCAGCCAUGGCCUUAGUAGUAAGCUCGGAAGGAGUCAUCGUCAAUUGCCCGCACGUUAUAGUGGUGCCCGCUUGCAUGCCUCGUGGUUUUUGCUAUGCGUAGUUCAAGUGUGCGUGGGAAUUGGCAUUGAGGAGAGUAUAGCUUCCGGGGUUGAAUAUGGGGAAAGCAAAGGGACUACGGGUUUUGUGAGUAGAGUCAUAUUCUUCUUAGGGUUACACGAGACGAUGAUGUAUUGGUCGAGGGUUGUUGUGAAGCCGGUGGUGGAUGAGACGGUUUAUGGCGAGCCGAAGAAGGAUGGGAGAUGGGUGGAGAAGGUGGCGGUGGCGGCUAGCUUUGGUGGAUUGUGGUGGUGGAGAUUGAGAGAUGAAGUAGAGGCCAUGGUUGGUGUGGUUGAGGCUAAGAAAGUGUUGCUUAUGGAAAUUGGGAUUUUGGAUUUUGUAGGUUGGUGGCUUUAUUACCUAACGGUUACAAUAGGAAUUGUGAAGGUGGUAAAGAGUACUUUAUGGGUGGGGAUAAUAUUGCUUUUUGAAAGGAGAUCAGUCGAAGCAAAUCCGGAUCAUCAUGUAUUGCAUUACUAUAGAGAUGAUCAUGAUGAUAAUGAUAAUGAUCAUGAUGAUAAUGAUAAUGAACAUGAACUAAAGGUCUAAUAUUUUAGUUAUAAACCAUUUUAUAUGAUACUCUUAUUAUAAUUAGUUAAAACUAACAUGAAGAGUA